AUGCCCAAGGUCAAUGCAAGGAGGCGCUCCGGCGCACCCUCCUCCUCUUCGUCUUCGCCCUACUCCAAGCCCUCCGCCGCUGCGAAUGCGAUCUUCAAAAUGAACACGGACAUCGGUCAACACGUUCUCAAAAAUCCCGGCGUGGCACAAGCAAUCGUCGAUAAAGCAGACCUCAAACAGUCCGACAUAGUGCUGGAAGUCGGCCCGGGUAGCGGAAACCUCACGGUGAAGAUCUUGGAGAAGGCCAAAAAGUGUGUCGCGGUUGAACUGGACCCGCGCAUGGCGGCCGAAGUCACGAAACGAGUCCAAGGCACACCUCAGCAGAAGAGACUGGAUGUGCUUUUGGGGGAUGUGAUCAAGACCGAACUACCCUACUUCGACGUCUGCAUCUCGAAUACACCCUACCAAAUUUCCUCGCCUCUGGUUUUCAAACUUCUGGCCACGACUCCCGCGCCCCGGGUGUGCAUAUUGAUGUUCCAGCGCGAGUUCGCCAUGCGUCUGUUCGCCAAGCCCGGCGACAAAUUGUACUCGAGACUCAGUGUCAACGCGCAGAUGUGGGCCAAGAUUGACCAUAUCAUGAAAGUCGGCAAGAACAACUUCAAGCCGCCUCCGCAGGUCGAAUCGAGCGUGGUGAGACUGGUCCCGAAAGUGCCGCGACCGAACAUCAGCUACGAGGAGUGGGAUGGGCUGUUGAGGGUGUGUUUCGUGCGGAAGAACAAGACGCUGCGGGCCAACUUUUUGGGCACGAGCAGCGUGUUGAACAUGCUGGAGCAGAGCUACCGCACGUGGUGUGCACAGAACGAUAUCCCACUCGACGAGGGCCCGGCCGACGAGGCGAUGCUGAUGGAAGUCGAAAACGUGCACGACGGCCCCAACAGCGGCGGCGGAGGCGGAGGCGAGGAGGGAGAAGAAGAAGAAUGGUCCGGCUUCAUGGACGUCGACGACCAAGACGACGAAGACACCUUUCCCAGCCUGCUGAAGGAGCAGCAGUCCACCAAGCCCCGACCGAGCCCCGCCGAGCGCUCCGUGUCCCGCAAGAAGCGCGACAAAGUCUUCCACCUCGUCCGCGAGAAAGUCCGCGCCGUCCUCGAAGACAAGACCGCGCUGGCGGACAAGCGGGCGCGCAUGUGCGACGAAGCCGAUUUUUUGAAGCUGCUGUACCAUUUCAACCUCGAGGGAAUUCAUUUUCUGGGGAUCAAGCAUGGCGAGUAA